UUACGUUUACGUCCUGCAAUUGCUGCUUACCGGCAGUUUUGUUGUUUUCAAAGCUUGAUGGAAUUUGAAAACGCUAUCGGUUCUUCUAUGAAUCUGCUUCCAUUGUGAUAUAAUCAGUGGUGGACCUCGCCAAAAGUCAUAUUUAUUUUGCUUUCGUUUUUAUCCCAAAGUGUCAAAUUCAGUCACGGCUUAGGUGACAUUAAAUGCAGGCCCACAACGGCCUUCACAAUUAAGUGAGUAGCGUUCAUGGUUUUUGCAUGUAGUGUAUUAAGGGGGAUACGUGGAGUGAAGUAAUGGAUCCCAACCGGAUAAUUCAGGCUCUGAGAGGGACUAUCGAUCCGAAUUUGAGAAGAGCGGCUGAAGAUGAACUCAAUCAGUCCUACAAAAUCAUCAACUUUGCACCAACUCUGCUUCAGAUCAUUGUAUCAGAGCAGGUGGAGUUUCCAGUUCGGCAGGCAGCGGCUAUCUAUUUGAAGAACAUGAUUGGCCAGUAUUGGCAGGACAGGGAGCCAUCUCUGGGAAAAGUGGUUUUCCCCUUUAAUAUUCAUGAAAAUGACCGCCAGCAGAUCAGAAACCACAUUGUGGAGGGCAUCAUCCGCUGUCCGGAGACCAUACGCGCCCAGCUGACGAUGUGUCUCCGAACUAUCAUCAAACACGACUUCCCGGGACGUUGGACCGCCAUCGUGGACAAGUUAAGCUUGUACUUGCAGUCGAACAACAGUGGCAGCUGGUACGGCAGCCUGCUAGCUCUCUACCAGCUCGUCAAAACCUACGAGUACCGGAAGGAGGAAGAGAGGGAGCCGUUGCUUGCGGCCAUGCAAAUCUUUCUGCCGCGGAUUCAGCAGCUCAUCAUCCAGCUGCUGAAUGACGCCACCAUCUUCUCGGUCCUCAUUCAAAAACAGAUCCUUAAAAUCUUCCAUUCUCUCAUACAGUACUCGCUUCCUCUCCAACUGAUCACCACGACAGUGAUGACUCAAUGGAUGGAAAUCUUUCGAGCCAUAAUGGACCGUGAUGUACCUGCUGAGACUUUAGAGCUGGAUGAGGAUGAUCGUCCCGAGUUAUCAUGGUGGAAGUGCAAGAAAUGGGCACUGCGUGUCAUUACGAGGCUGUUCAAGCGAUAUGGAAGCCCAGGCAACGUGACCAAGGAGUACUUUGAGUUUGCCGAUUUCUUCUUGAAGACCUACGCAGUGGGCUUACAGCAAGUCCUGUUGAAGGUGGUGGAUCAACACAGACAGGAGCAGUACGUUACUCCUCGCGUUCUCCAGCAGUGUCUCGACUACCUCAACCAGGGACUUUCCCAUUCUCUGACGUGGAAGCAGAUGAAGCCUCACAUGCAGGCUAUCUGUCAGGAGGUGAUCUUCCCGCUCAUGUGUUACAAAGACGAGGAUGAGAGGCUGUGGCAGGAGGACCCAUUUGAGUACAUCCGCAUGAAGUUUUACCUUUACGACGAUCACGCCCUUCCAGCCACCGCUGCACAGAGCCUUUUGUGCAACGCUGCACGAAAGAGAAAGGAGGUUCUGCCUCAAAUGAUGGAGUUCUGCCACCAGAUUCUGAUGGAUCCCGCGUCUGACCACCGACGGAAAGAUGGCGCGCUGCACUGUAUCGGAGCACUGGCUGAGCUACUACUUAAGAAGCGCAUUUACAUGGAGCAGAUGGAGUUGAUGCUGCAAAACUACGUCUUCCCUUUGCUCGACUCUCGGUUGGGUUACUUGCGAGCCAGGUCAUGCUGGGUCCUCCACUGCUUCAGUCAGCUGCGUUUCCACAACGCGAUAGCGUUGAGGAAUGCUGUGGAGUUGGUGAAGAAGGACCUGGUUGAUGACAGCGAGAUGCCGGUCAAGGUGGAGGCAGCCAUUGCUUUACAGAUGUUGGUCAGCAAUCAGGAAGAAGCAAAGCUGUACAUCAGGCCACACAUCCGACCCGUCAUGCAACAGCUGCUCCAUGUGGUCAAGGAGACGGAGAACGACGAUUUGACCAACGUCAUUCAGAAGAUGAUCUGCGAGUACAAUGAAGAAGUUGCCGUCAUUGCCGUUGACAUGACACGGAACCUGGCAGAGAUCUUUACCAGGGUUCUUCAGAGCGAGGAAUAUGAGGAGAACGAGGACAAGACAGUCAUUGCCCUUGGACUUCUGAGCACCAUCGACACCAUUCUCACGGUCAUGGAGGACCACAAGGAGAUCACACAACAGCUGGAGGAUAUCUGUUUGCAAGUGAUUGGCCUGGUCUUGCAGAAACCUAUCAUAGGUAUGGCAGAGUUCUACGAGGAGAUUCUGUCUCUGGCAUUUGGACUUACAUGCCAGGCCAUCUCCCCGCAGAUGUGGCAGCUGCUGAGCGUCUUGUAUGAGGUCUUUCAGCAUGACUGCUUUGACUACUUCACCGAUAUGAUGCCCCUUUUACAUAACUACGUCACCGUGGAUACAGAUGUGUUUCUGUCCAACCCCAAGAACGUGGAGAUCAUCUACACCAUGUGCAAAAAGGUGCUGACCACAGAUUCAGGUGAAGAAGCCGAGUGUCACGCUGCCAAAUUGUUGGAGGUGAUUAUACUGCAGUGCAAAGGCAGAGGGAUUGACCAGUGCAUCCCUCUGUUUGUGGAGGCAGCGCUGGAGCGUCUGACGCGUGGCGUCAAGUCCAACAAACUUCGGAUCAUGUGCCUGGAGGUGGCUAUCGCUGCGCUUUACUACAGCCCGGCCGUUCUUAUGCACACUUUGGACAACGCGCACUUCUCCCAAAACCCACAAACGAUUACUGCCCACUUCAUCAACCAGUGGAUGAACGACACGGAAUUCUUCCUCGGGAUCCACGACCGAAAGAUGUGCAUCAUUGGCUUGACUGUGCUGAUGGAGCUUCCGAGCCGUCCGGCGGCGCUGGAGGGCGUCGCCACACAAAUCCUUCCCUCUGUACUGCUCCUCUUCUUGGGCCUCAAGCACCUCUCUGCUUCCCGUCACAUCAACAAACCGGACCUGCUGGCCAACACGAGGACUUUGGAUGAAGAUCAAAACGAGGAGAUUCCCAGUGACGAGGAUGAGGUGAAUGAAAAAUGCAGUAUUACGCAGCAGCAGUCCAGUGUGCCGAUGGGCCUGGAAGAUGAGAGUAAUGACGACGACGACUACUGGGAUGACGACGAUUGCUUUGAAGGAACACCUCUGGAAGAGUACAGCACGCCCCUCGACUAUGACAACGGAGAAGAUGAAUAUCAGUUCUUUGCGUCUGCCCUGCUCAGAGUCCAGAAUACAGAUAUGGCGUGGUACCAGUGUUUGACUGCACCCCUGAGCGAUGACCAGAAAACACAGCUCCAGGAGAUUUACAGCAUCUCACAGCAGAGGAGGAGUACUGCCACAAAGGGCCAGUGAGUUCCAAUGAGGUGCUACGGAUUCUAAAGAAGAAGAUACGUAGGCUGAUUUGGCCUGACCUUGUCGGAAAGCAUUGGAAUUUCAGACAGCGUUGGCUCUGCAUUCUGUAUCGGCUGGCUUUUCUGUCAUUUUGGAGAUUGUGCAAUUCAUAUAGUCCUAUACUAUAGUAUCCACCAGCACAGGCUGUAUUUAUAUUUUCUUGACAUUUAAAAACAAAUUGUAAUAAUUCUUACUGUUAGUGAACUCCCGUGUGUGCCUGUGUGGUUCUAAAA